AUGUUGCCCAACUUCCUCCAAUCGAAUUACCAGACCUACAAACAAGACACUGACUCCAUUGCCAAAUGGCUCGCGGUCAAAGCAAAGCAAUGCGGCUAUCCUGCCGACCUUCUAUCCCCAACUGUUCCGCCUACCUCUUUGCACCAACCCGCUCGUCCCUCGCAGCGACUGAAGGGAGCGGCACGCAAGAAAGCCAAAGAUGUGGCUAAAGAAGAUGCAGCGCCGUUGAAAGAUCUCCAAAUCUCAGCAGAUGCACCCAAGUACACCAUACAAGUCAAGGACUUUGUUACUUUGGCUGAAUGCAUUGCUCGAUUCACCAAGCCAGCGGUAGAAGUACCGGCGACUCUGGCCAGGGCUCUCAAUCGCGCCGUAGAGCUCCGCCAGCAACACAACACUUGGUGCCGUAGCCGGGUAGAGGCUGAGAGGUCCGUUGACAGCAACAAGAGCCAUGCCUACUUUCUCGACAUCCUCGAGCGCACACGUGAGAUACUCAAGCCUCGUAUGCCACCCGAGUUGAUAGACGACUUUCUCUCAAAGCCAUCCUCAAAUGGGAAUGGACAAGGAAAUUCAGACACACAGAUCAAUGGACAAAUCAGCAACAUGUUUGUUGGAUUAGACAUCCAAGAACCUUCUCAAACAUUCCUUGAUGCGCCUGAUGUCAAGCAGGAAACAGGUAAUAAGGCUGUUCCGGAACCUACCUAUGAAGCGGAAAAGUUGCGAAGCACAGAGGAGCAAUAUCUGGCGGCUCACUGUCUGUUCCAGGACGUGAGAAAUAUCCGCUCUUUCCUUCGCCAGCUAUGGGCAAACUACAGAGAUGGCGGCCUAAGCCUUGUUGCGGUCUCUAUAACAACGAACACCGCCAUCGAUUUUGUCCGCAGUAUGGAGCAGGAUUGCUUGCAGCGAUUUCCGGAAAAGUCCGACUACGAGAGUAUCAUGCACAUUUUUUAUAGCGUUCAGUGCUUACAUCGCGGUCACGACCCAAGCAGCAAACAACAAUCGAAUGACCUUUUCAACUUUGAGGUUUACGAUCUGGCAGAGGAGGUCAUGGUGCCCACAUACAUCGUUCUUGAAGGCCUGCAAAGAAUCAUAAGUCCUGACUCUGUCCCAAUCUAUAAGCCUGGUCACUUUGGAGCCCGUGACAUGAGAAACGAUUGGACUAAGAAAUCCGCCAGGGACAAGGUCCACGAUGAUAGCCUUGUUUUGAUGGAAGCAUUUCCUGACCUGAUGCUUAUGACCAUGAUCACUUCAAAGUCACCGUUAGCGGAGGACGAGCUCAUCCGAGGCAUCCGUCAAAUGGCCCCUGGAAGACUCAUCCCGCUGUGGCUUGUAUUCGCUGCCCAGUGCUUCCUCGAUGCUCAACACGUCCUCGGUCGAGAUGUCGCCCGUGGACAUGCAGAGCUUCAACAGACUGCCAACGCUAUCAGGGCGUCUAUCUCGCAGAAUUUCGAUUUCCAUAAAUCACUCCGUGUUGAAAACUGGCCCAGGCAGAACGACUUCCAGCUCAACGAGAGCCUCAGAGUCAUUGAAGAGUGGAUACGCCACGAUAUGGUAGCGGAUAAGAUGAAAGCAGUCAAAGCCGCAGUGACGCUGCCACCUCCGGAGCCUUUCCGACUGCUGAAACAAUACCCUCUUAUCUGCGGCCUCUUCUCGUUUGCCAUCCAAAAGACAGCACAAGAAGUGGGCAUCGCUUUCGCCAACGCCUGGGGCUCAAUCAUGUACACUGGUCACCUGUAUAAUGCUAUCCGGCAGGAGAAGUUCCUAUCGAAAGCAUGGAAAGACAUGGAGUUGCUCAUUGCAUUACAAAGUACCGAGAAGUUCUUUGUUGGUGAUCCUCCAAAAGACUUGGAGGGAUAUCUUAAGCGUUUCCUUUUGAGCGUGGCAUACUCUGCCACUGCGUUUGCCCGCAACCGUAGGAGAGGUGCUGCGAUAGCUUCUGCCAAAGGCCCGAGAGCUCUGUCUGAACUGUGCGCUGUUGGUGCGCUCUUUAAGGGGAGAUACUGUCAAAAUCAGCAUACCGUGACUUGGACGCCUGACGGUAUUAAACCGAUAAUAGAAGCAAAGAUAGAGGACGAUAGUGAGAGUGAGAAUGCGGAGAAAAAGUCCACCAAGGUCAAGACUGCUGCGUCCGGCUCGCUCAUGCGCAAACCCAAAAGCAACAGCGGAUCGAUGCCGACAACCGACUUUCUCGGAGAUCUCGCCAAUGCCCUACACGCCGAAACACUUGAAAUGAGCGUCGAUUACCUACGAAUGCACAGAUUUUGUUGGAUGCUCUUACGCAACGUCAACGACGUGUGCAAACCUCAGUUGCUCGAGAUGUUUGGUCCCGGCUAUUUGGAGAAAGAGAAUCAGCUUCCGUUCAUGGUUGGAUACAUUUUCAUGGCGGCGACCCAGACGAGUCGAGUAGCCAACUUAUUGCUACCGAGACGUGCUGGCGUUGAGGUUUCAAGCCGCCUGUUGGCGAGGGCCGCGACGGCACUUGAGGGCAUGGUUGAAAGUGGCGCCGGAGAAAUUGAGAGUAAGUUCAUUGCACAGCGCCUUGGGGUUGGGGAGAUCGACUACGGCGAGCUAGACAAUCUGGACGCGCACGACCGAACGUGA